AUGGUCGAGACACUCAAUGAUAAAGAGCAGCUUGUGGCUGCGCUCAAUCGGUGUAAGGCGAGUUUGGCGUCGGUCGAUGAGAUGCUAGAUCGAGCUGGUGGACCACAACUUGACCGCACAACACAACUUGUCGCGAAAAAGAAGUUCAUUCUAGAUUCUGUUGCGGUCAACGCGGCACACUAUACAGUUCAGUCUGCAAAGCUGGCGCAAAAGGGGGAGUUUGUGGAGCUGACGGUGAUCCCAUACAAUCAGAAGUUGGCCCAUUUGACGAGACUCGAUUCUCAGGUCCAAGCGCUCAACAAACAGUUGCAGUCGCUCAAGAAAAACAUGUCCCUUCCUGGUUUGGUACUCUCGCCACGGACACUUCUGCAAGUUUCGGAGCGCUUCGUGUCAGAGGAUACGCCCAAAGAGUCAUUGCUGCUCGAAGAGAUCUACUCGCUCUCGCCAGAUCUGGAGCUCCCACACGUAAACUACUCUGAAUUUAAGCAGCUCGUAGACCUUGAGGCUCGCAAGAGGCUCUUGCUCCAGAUCAAGUACGAGCUCCUACUUCGAGUCAAGAGCCAAGCACAGCGGGACCAACGUCAUUGGUCGCAGCUCAACUCGCGCAUCACCGCGUUUGUUCAGGGCGAAUUGGGCGGCAUGUUGCGAGAAAUCGGCCAGGUCCGAAGAGACGAGUCGCAGAAAGAUCUGAAGUUUGAGGGACAAGAACAAGACGAUACCAGCCGCGGCGGAAGCCGAAGCGGAAGCCCAGAAGAGGAGGCGAAAGCAGGACAUGAAGCCGCCGUUGACGAGGAUAGUACGAUGGUCUACUAG